AUGAUCCCUGGCGGCGCCUUUGUCCCACCCAACCAGCAGCGCAACCUGCGCGCCUGCAUGGUCUGCUCCAUCGUGCGCACCUACACACAAUUCAUGAACGGCGGCUGCCCCAACUGCGAAGAGAUCCUUGAACUCACCGGUAACUCCGAGAACGUUAACGACUGCACGUCCCAGGUCUUCGAGGGCUUGAUCACUGUAGCCGAUACAUCGAAGAGCUGGGUCGCCAGGUAUCAGCGACUCGAGGGAUACGUACCCGGCGUCUACGCUACACAAGUCGAGGGCAUCCUGCCCGAGGAGAUUAUCUCGGCUAUUGAGGCAGCGGGCAUCAACUAUGUGCCUAGGGACGGCAGCGAGGAUCAGAUGAUUCCCAAGGAUUAA